CUUUCACAUCAAUGGGAUUAGAAGAAAGUGUCCUAUUUAUUAUGCUGGCAGUCAUCUUAGUAUAGUCUAGAGAAAAAAAAAACAAAUGCAUCACAAGAUAAGACACAAGUCUGGAUUAAAGGCAUGUUCAGUUUUUUGUUUUUUGAAGAAAAGAAAACUGCUUUAGAUCACCAAGGCUGCAGGUUCAGAUCCUUCGUCUCCGCCACUGUUAUUUUGUUGGAUUGAACCCACGGGUCAGAUGAAGAGUUCAAGUGAAGCAUGCAGCGCUGCAAUGGAGCCACAGUCGGCUUCACUCAGUCCCUCUCUGCCGUCUUCAUCUGUAUCUACAAAACCUGACCAAAGCCACUUCAGGAGAAUCAGCCAAACAGAGGACAGGAGCCCUUAUUCAAUCCAAGGCAUAGCAGCAGACACUCUGUAUAUGAGAGUGAAAGGAGGAAGCAAGAUCUGCAAUUUACUGAGGUUUGUGACAGCUCGCAUGCAAGGAGAGAGUAGAGAUGAUAGUGGGACAUUGCUGAGGCAAGUGGUUUUCACUGGCUCGGGUAGAGCAGUCACCAAGACCAUCACCUGUGUGGAGAUCCUAAAACGUAAAGUGGGAGGACUGCACCAGGUGUCCAAACUCUACUACAAGACAGUGACGGAGGUUUGGGCGAAUCCACAACAGGGAGCAGCAGGUACAACCACGCAGAGAACAGUUCCUGCCAUCUGUAUCCUGCUCUCCAAAGACCCACUGGACCCCCAGGACCCAGGAUAUCAACCUCCACAAAACCACACAGAGAGACAGAGAGCUCUGCAGGAGGACUGGAGUGCAUGGUCCCAGCUUCCCUAACCAAAGUCUAACUGUAUAUCAUGAAAUAUCAGAAAUGUGUUAUUUAUGAGGUGAUCAGAGGAUUGUUUCAUUGUACCUUUUAGCAGCUUCAGAU